UUUCUCCCUCUCUCUCUUCCCUCCACCCUCGAAAGCGACGAGUUGCAGCAGAGCAGCUCUGCCAGAAAAGGAAAGGCUGGCUCCCCCGCAUUGGCAUGAUGGGAGUAGGGGGGUCGACGAUUUGAAUAUUGAAACGCCAUCCUUUCGUUUUCAUUUCCGACGCCAAAUGCUUGCGAACUCGUUUGAUGUGAAACAAUUUUCACUGUUGUGAAACAUGUGGUUGAAGUCAGGUUGAAGGAAUCAGCAAGAAGCGAGCACCUGAGGAAGCUCCGGUUUUGUUUCUCUCUCUCCUUCUCGAUGAUGGGGUUGCCUGUUGGAGGAAGGAAUCAAAGGGGACCAGGUGGUGUUGGUGGGAUCAGCACCAGAUGGCUCACUCUCUUCUGCAUUUCCAGCUUCUGCUUUGGUGCUCUCAUUUCCAACCGGAUUGGGAGUUCUGAUCCAGUUAAAGUAAAUGAGAAAGCUGAGUCUCUCAAGGAUUAUCAUGAAGCGAGCAUCAAUGUUGCUGCCGACUGUGACACCAAGAAUAGCGAGACUUCUAUUCAUGCUGCAAACAUCCUUAGUCAGGUCUCAAGGACACAUGAUGUAAUCAUGACUUUGGAUAAGACAAUCUCCAGUUUGGAGAUGCAACUGGCUGCAACUAGGGCAGCACAGGCAACCAACCUAAAUGGUCCUCCUGCAGUUACAAACCAAGGAGCUGAAAUUCCAAGAGAACGUCCAAAAGUUUUCUUUGUUAUGGGCAUCAUCACUGCAUUCAGUAGUCGGAAGCGCCGGGACUCUAUCAGAGACACAUGGAUGCCACAAGGAUCAAAACUUAAACAAUUAGAAAAGGAAAAAGGAGUUAUCAUACGGUUUGUUAUUGGCCACAGUGCAACUUCUGGGGGUGUUCUGGAUCGUGCUAUUGAUGCAGAGGAGGCACAACACCAAGACUUCUUGCGAUUGAAUCAUGUAGAAGGUUACCAUGAGUUAUCUUCCAAGACUCAAAUAUACUUCUCAACUGCAGUGGCGAAGUGGGAUGCUGAUUUCUUCAUCAAAGUUGACGAUGAUGUGCAUGCAAAUCUAGGCAUGAUAGCCUCUACCCUGAUGCGUCAUCGUGCAAAACCUCGUGUUUAUAUUGGGUGUAUGAAGUCUGGACCUGUUUUAGCACAAAAGGGGGCUAAGUAUCAUGAACCAGAAUACUGGAAAUUUGGUGAAGAGGGAAACAAAUACUUCAGACAUGCAACUGGGCAGUUAUAUGCAAUCUCUAAAGAUUUGGCAACCUACAUUUCCAUAAACAGGCCUAUUCUGCAUAAAUACGCAAAUGAAGAUGUCUCUCUUGGUUCUUGGUUUAUUGGUCUAGACGUGGAGCAUAUCGAUGACCGGAACCUCUGCUGUGGAACACCACCAGAUUGUGAGUGGAAGACUCAAGCUGGAAAUCCUUGUGCUGCAUCAUUUGAUUGGAGCUGCAGUGGCAUUUGCAAGUCUGUUGAGAGGAUGCAAGAAGUGCAUGAGCGCUGUGGCGAGGGCGAAGGUGCUGUUUGGAAUGCCAUCUUCUGAAUUCUCAUCUCCCCACAUUAAGCUCCUCUCUGCAGUGCAUGUUCAAAAGAAGCCAUAAGCGGUGUCGAUUGAAGUAUACCUCCAUGAUUUUGUAUCAUAAUACCGUGACAUUUUCUUCAUUCUUUUCUAGCUUUUGCCUUUUUGUCU